AGCGAAGAGGACUCUGUAAUGGAGGGGACGACAUGUUGAAUAGCGAGCGCGCGUCCGGCGCAUUUUCGACGCCGGCGGACAAUGCGACGGGUUAAUUCGCAGUGCGCCUACCAUUGGCCGUGGGGCGGACGUGGGUCGCAGUCGUGGAAAUUGAUGCGCUGGCCGACGGUACAACGGGGGGACGAAGAAAACACCUCUACUCACCCGACCCUCGCUCGCCAUCUGGGUGAAGUCGCGAGCUUCGUGACCUUGGUGACCUUUGGAAACCGUCCUCUGGUGGUCUGCCAUUCACCAAUGAAGAUGACACUUUCGAACCAGCCAGGGGGGUCUGCGCUGCCUCCUCCACCCACCACAAUACCAUACCGCACUUGUUCUCACCCUCUGAUCGUGAACCCAUCGGCGCCAGCUCCACCACUGAUGACAAACAGUAGUACCACAGUAUCCUGCCAGAAACGCAUUGCGCUCUCGCCGCACAUCAGCAGUUCCAAGCAUCUUCAGCUCUUCGUCUCUGCGUCGUCCUCUGCAGCGGUCGAGGCUACUGUGGUCGUCCUGCUCCGUCCAUCAAUCAAAGGUCCUUCGCGCCGACCAAGUCCACCGAGCCGUCCGCAUCUCCAUGCAACAUUCGCAUAAAGGGCCGUCACGCGCGGGCUGCAUCUCCCCCGCAUCCAAGCCCCCGUCCCCGUAACUUUGCAGCCACCUAAUUCAUCUGCGUCCUCGAGGAGGCUAUUACCCCGCUUCUUGCCUGCUGCUCCCCCAGUAACCCCAGGUACCAGUACAUCAACCUUCCCCAGACUCCACGUUUUCCCACGCAGUAAUUCACCCUCGGCCAGGUACCAGUACCGCAGUGCCCUUCAGCGUCUCCAAAGUGC